UAUAUAAACCAAAGCCUGGGAAUCGAUCGGAGCAGCAGCAGUGCGUUGGUUCGAUUUAAUCCCACAGAGAGAGAGAGAGAGAGAGAGAGAGAGGGGUGGCCUGCGAUGGAUGUCCCCGAAGGACUCAUCUCCCGAUUAUGCCAUCUCCUCGCCUUCUUGCCAUUUUUCCUGCUGCUUCUCCUCCUCGCGGUCGUCAAAGCGGCUUUCAUCGCGCCGAUCGUGUUCGUCACUGUCCUGGUCGGGAACACCGCCUUGAUCCUCGGGCUGUACCCGUUGCAUGCCGUCUGGACCUGUUACUGUAUCGCGAGGACAAAGAGAUUUGGUUCAUUGCUGAAGGUUCUUAUACUGUUGCUGAUGCCGGUUCCUAUCCUACUAUGGCCUCUUUCCGCAUUGAUUGGUACCAUUUUAGCAGGAUUAGGUUUUGCAAUUGCGUUGCCACUAAUGGCAACGUUUGAGGCUGUUAGGGAGGGCGUUCCAAAUAAGUUAUCUGAAUGCUUCACGGCUGGUACUUGGAGCUCAAUCAAAGGAGGGUUUACUAUUGUGCGUGACUUUAAGGAUAUCUGUUUCCAUUCCUACUUUUCGGUUAUGGAUGGAUUGCUUGAGGCUGGUGGUGAGACAAUAAUGGUCUUAAGGAUAUCACAAGUACCCGGAUACAUAUUGGCAGGAAUCUUAGGUAUGCUUAUCGACGUGCCCAUGAUUAGCCUUAUAGUACUGUAUAAAGUACCCAUCAUGCUGUUCAAAGGAUGGAGGCAGUUGAUUCAAGAUCUUAUCGGACGGUCAGGUCCAUUCUUGGAAAGUGUUUGUGUUCCUUUCGCUGGACUUUUGAUUCUACUGUGGCCUGUGGCUGUUGGGUUGACAUCUAUAGCAGGAAUUCUUUCAAGCUUGAGCCUUGGAUGCUAUGCUGCUGCUGUUGCAUAUCAGGAAAAUUCUACAACGAGUGGAAUUCUCUAUGUUAUAGCUGUAAUAUCUAUGUUUGAUGAGUUCACUAACGACUUCCUCUACCUUCGUGAAGGCUCAUGCUUCCCAAGACCUAAAUAUCGUAAGGCAGCUAUUUCCCGCUCUGCAUCACUUCCAAUAAAGCGUGCACCAACACGAGAUGAGUCUUUUCCUUUAAAACGUCCGUUGAUUAAGACAGCUUCAAUGAAGAUGCAGGAACUGAAAGCCAUAGUGAUAUGGGAUAACUUUUUCAUGGCAUGUGAGAGUGUUGGGAAAGAGCUUAUUCGAGCUGGUGCUAUACGUAUUUCAGAUCUGGAAGAAUGGCAAAAUUCAAAGAACAAAACCAUUAACAUUGGGAUACCUUCAUACGUCUUUCUGCAGUGUUUUGUUCGUUCCAUAAAGAGUGGUUCUGUUGGUUUUGUCAUGCGAGACAAUGUUGAACUCACAUAUAUUAAUAGGCCUGAGGGAAGAGUUUUUGACUGGCUUUUCGAGCCCAUGACUCUUCUAAAAGAGCAAAUCAAAGCUGCAAAUCUAGAAUCAACUGAAGAGGAAUAUCUUUACAAGCUGGCUCUUUAUUGUGGUGAUGCUCGAAUGAUGACUUCUUGCCAAAAUGGUGGAGUGGCACCAGCCGAUGUGGUCAAAAGAGCUCAGUUGGAGGGUUUAAGUAGAAGGUUGCAGGGUUUCAGUUUGACCAUUUCGAGGAUGCCAACCUUCAGGCGGCGGUUCGAGGCAGUUGUCAAGGCAUUACUGCAAGAAGCCUGGCAGGGGUUACAGAAAAAUGGUGAUGUCAUUGAGCAAGCACUGUAGACACCUUUCAUCCAGUAAGAAUGUGAGGGAAAGAUGGCUGGUAGGAGUUUGGCAGGUUGGUUGGAUGCUGAACUCGACUUAGUAUUGCUUCAUGUUGCAUUCAUUCCAUGUCAUUCCGGAGUGCUCCAAGUUGUAUUUUUUUCACACUCAGAUGGUGUUACUGAAGUUGAUCUUCAC